UCAGGGAGUUGAUAGAGAGGAUGCCAAAACUGCACGAAGUGCGUGUGUGUGGUGCGCAUCCAGUGAAGUGGCGCGUCGCUUUGGCGCCCUCUCUUUCCAGUGAGGAUCAAAGUUCCAUUCAUGGCGCGUCAGCAUGACAGAUUCUAACUUGAAGAGCGACAGUGACGAUGGGAUCGCCAACAACGGGUCCGUCUUGGACGAGACGCGCUCGGAUGGCAACGCGUCCAACUGCUCCAACUUCGCUCUGGACUCGCACUCCGUGAGCCUGGUGGUCUUCCUGUGCGUGUUCAUCGUCGUGGCCAUCGUGGGCAACAUCCUGGUCAUCCUGUCCGUGGUCUGCAACAGACACCUGCAGACGGUGACAAACUUCUUCAUCGUCAAUCUGGCGAUGGCCGAUCUGCUGCUCAGCAUCAUCGUCCUGCCUUUCUCGGCGUCUUUGGAAGUUCUGGGCUGCUGGGUGUUCGGCCGGGUGUUCUGCAACAUCUGGGCGGCCGUGGACGUCCUCUGCUGCACGGCGUCCAUCCUCAGCCUCUGCAUCAUCUCCGUGGACCGCUACAUCGGCGUGAAGCACUGUCUCAAGUACCCCAGCAUCAUGACCGAGAGGAGAGCCGUGGCCAUCCUGCUUCUCGUCUGGGUGUCGUCCACGGUGAUCUCCGUGGGUCCGCUCCUGGGCUGGAAGGAACCGCCGCCGCUGGACGACAGCAUCUGCAGCAUCACCGAGGAACCUGGAUACGCGCUCUUCUCCUCCCUCUUCUCCUUCUACCUCCCGCUCCUGGUCAUCCUCGUCAUGUAUUUUAGGGUUUACGUGGUGGCCCGCCGCACCACCAAGAGCCUGGAGGCGGGCGUCAAGCGGGAGCGAGACAAGUCCAUCGAAGUGGUCCUGCGCAUCCACUGUCGCAGCGUGCUGGGGGAGUCCAACUCCAAAAGUAGCAAGAGCCAUCCGCUGAGGGGCUCGCUCUCCGUGCGCCUGAUGAAGUUCUCACGGGAGAAAAAAGCGGCCAAAACACUCGCGAUCGUCGUGGGGAUGUUCAUCUUGUGCUGGCUUCCCUUCUUCUUCUUCCUGCCCAUGGGUUCCUUCUUCCCUGCGCUGAAACCAUCAGAAACCGUGUUUAAAGUGAUUUUUUGGCUGGGCUACUUCAAUAGCUGCAUCAACCCGAUGAUAUAUCCCUGCUCCAGCAAAGAGUUCCAGCGGGCUUUCACUCGCCUUCUCUUGUGCCGGUGCUACCGUCGGCGCAGGACGCUACAGCGCUUUUACGACCAGAGGUGGCACACCGCAGUCAAGGCACGGAAUCCUGGGCCGAGUUUCGCCGCGCAAGAGUCAAGCGGCAGCCCUUUGCUUCACAAAAGGAAAUGGCGCUUGAAUGACCUGAAAAAAUGGCGACAGUUCCCACCGUUUCAGAGGUCCUCCAUUCAGCUGAAGGAGAAAGUGAACAGCCUUUCGAAUAGAAUCUGCGGUGGCGCCGGGAAAGGCAGCACGUCCCCGGUGAGACGGAUUGAUACAGUGGACACGGUGUCUUUGGGGAUUUACAACGCUUCAGAGCAGAACAUAAAUCAAAUGUAUGAUCUGGCAGAUUGUUAUGGGCUCAAAGAGACUGACAUUUAGAAAAGGUCUGUUUCCAAAUGGAGCCAAAUUCGCCAUUAUGCGAAGGACGACUGAGGAUGAAUUUGUGCUGCAGACAAAAUAAUCAUAACAGCCUCGGCCAUUCUGGAGUGCUGGAUAUGACUCAUUCAAUCAUAGAAGACAAAGUCAUCUCCCUUGUUGCCAUACAUAGAAAAUCAACCGCAGUAUUUUGAGUUUUCAAAUGGCCUCAUUUUAGGUAUUUUUUACAUUAUUUAACUGUUGUUCACCAACUUAGGAACAAACCGGCCGUCUAGACACAUGAGAUUUCCCGAACACCAACCACUGAUUUGUGAACCAGUCUGCCGUUUCUCCUCUUGUUGUAUAUA